AUGGCGGCCAACAAGUACUCGGUCAUCCUCCCGACCUACAAUGAGCGCCACAACCUCCCCAUCGUCACUUGGUUGCUGAACCGCACCUUCACCGAGAACAACCUCGAUUGGGAACUCAUCAUCGUCGACGACGGCUCCCCGGACGGCACGCAAGAUGUCGCGAACCAGCUCGUCAAGGCCUACAGCCCGCACGUGAUCCUCAAGCCGCGCGCGGGCAAGCUGGGCCUCGGCACCGCCUACGUCCACGGCCUGCAGUUCGCCACGGGCAACUUCGUCAUCAUCAUGGACGCCGACUUCAGCCACCACCCCAAGUUCAUCCCGCGCAUGGUCGCCCGCCAGCGCGAGGGCAACUUCGACAUCGUCACGGGCACGCGCUACGCCGGCGACGGCGGCGUCUACGGGUGGGACCUCAAGCGCAAGUUCGUCUCCCGCGGGGCCAACCUCUUCGCCGACACGGUGCUGCGUCCGGGGGUCAGCGACCUGACGGGCAGUUUCCGGCUGUACAAGAAGAGCGUGCUGGAGAAGGUCAUCAGCAGCACCGAGAGCAAGGGGUACACGUUCCAGAUGGAGAUGAUGGUGCGGGCGAAGGCGAUGGGGUGUUCGGUCGCCGAGGUGCCGAUUACGUUUGUCGAUCGGAUUUAUGGUGAUAGCAAGCUCGGUGGUGAUGAGAUUGUGGAGUACGCCAAGGGCGUGCUGUCUCUCUGGCUCAAGGUUUAG